CGGCAGAAACCGUGGCGGCUCGUAGCGGCUUCACAUCGAUUCAUGACUCGACGUCGCCCAUCCCCAGUGACGGACAUCGCAUAUAAGUGACGGACAUCUACAUAGUCACGCUGCGUGACUCACGCAUAUACGGGAAGUGGGGUAUGUGUGGUGUGUAGUACACAGAUGAUACGGAUUUUGCAAUUGCAGUCGUUCCCGAGUAUUGUCUCGCUUUGGUGCUGUUGUUCGUAACGCUGUUUCGCCGACGGCUAUGCCAUUCUUCGUCCGUUUAAAGGCGAUAGGAAGCAAGUAAGAUCGCGCGAAUGAUAUUCGAUCGCGAGAACAACGACUCGUCGAUGCUCAACGUGCAUGCGCUGCCGUGGAAGGACAAUCCCACACAUUCGUGAAUGCAAUUCUACGUUAUCCGGGACACGUAUGACGGACAUUAACAGCUUCGUUUUACCUGCAUCUUGGCAAUAGGAAUUGGCCAGAUGAAGAUAAUGUCAGACGAUGAUGCUGCAAUGGACUCAAUGGAUACUGAGGAAGAGAUUUUUUGUCCUCGCACCCGUAGCUUGGAAUCAAAUGUCAGGCGAUCCAAGAACUUGCGCAAGCUGAGAUCGCAUUCUGGCUCUACAUCUCAUAUAAACAAUUUGAGUGUACGCCGCAGUACACGCAAUAGGAUGCAAACUUAUGACAACCUUAAUACGAGUUGGAUUUUAGGUACACAAACCUUAAAAGGAUAUCCAAUGUUUCAACAACAUGCUUCUUCCUCGGACAAAGAAAUAGAUGAUGUUCCUGGUAGAAAGCGUGAUCUCAGAGAUCGGAUGCCUUUGAGGUCUCGCGAAAAUCAUCCACCUAAUAAAAAUUCCACGAGACACAUUAGAGAUAGAACGGAACACGAGCGACAGAAUAGCAGGGAGCUCAGAGGUAGACUCAGAGCUAAUUCGGAAGUAGAACUUAAGGAGAAGGCAGAACAAGAGAAAAAUGUCAGUACAGAACAAACAAGACCGACGAACGAAGAAAAAGACACUAGGACCAGAAAAUCCGACAGUCCUAGCAGAUUUCGAGAAGGCCCUGUGACUAGACUGUGCGGUAAUGCAGUGGAAAAGAAUGAAAAGCCUAAGGUGGAGCAGGAUGAAGCAGACGACGAUAGUUCACGAGAAAGUGAAAAGCCAGAUAACAACGACAAUUCUGAAAACGAAGAUGGAUACGAGGAUAUGUACACGCGCAUUAAAAGAACAAGACGAACGACUCAACGACAAUUGCCAAGAGUAGAGGUAGACAGUGAUAUGAGCGAAUCCUCGGAUUCUCCCGGGCCUAGAAAAUACAGCUUACGUCAAAAAAAACCUACCAUAGAUAGAUUUCAAGCCAAUGUAGAACCAGUUCGGCGAUCUAUUAGAGCUCUUAGAAGUGUUCUCAGUAAUUCGAUGAGAAGGAGAAAACAUAGAACUAAAAGUACGAGUUCUAGCGAUUCCAGCGACUCUGAGCCUCAACGUUAUGACAAAAAGAAAAGCAAAAAAGCGAGACAAUCGACGAUACCGCAAGGUGGUCCACCAGAUCGAAAAGCUGACAUAUAUCCUAUCACCUUAGACACUAAUAUUAGAUUUAGCGACGUUGGGGGUUUAGAGUCCCACAUUCACUGCCUUAAGGAGAUGGUUGUCUUUCCUAUGAUGUAUCCGGACGUUUUCGAAAGGUUUCACAUUACCCCACCAAAGGGUGUCUUGUUUCACGGUCCACCAGGAACUGGUAAGACAUUGAUAGCUCGAGCGUUAGCCAAUGAGUGUAGUCAAGGUAACAAAAAGGUGGCAUUCUUCAUGAGGAAAGGAGCUGACUGUCUGUCAAAGUGGGUCGGAGAAUCGGAACGUCAAUUGAGAUUGCUGUUUGAGCAGGCUCAGCAGAUGAAACCGUCCAUAAUAUUUUUUGAUGAAAUAGAUGGUCUAGCGCCUGUCAGAAGUACUAAGCAGGAUCAAAUCCAUGCUAGUAUUGUGUCCACACUCUUAGCACUUAUGGAUGGUCUCAGUGACAGAGGAGAGGUUAUAGUUAUUGGUGCAACAAAUAGAAUUGAUGCCAUCGAUCCUGCUCUGCGAAGACCCGGCCGGUUUGAUCGUGAACUUUUCUUCCCGCUACCAGCCAUGAAGGAAAGAUUAGAAAUUCUAAAGAUCCACGUAAGUAAAUGGCAAAAUCCUCCGUCUGAUCAGUUGCUGGAGAUGUUGGCGGAAAAGGCUACUGGUUAUUGCGGCUCGGACUUAAGAGCCUUGUGUACCGAAGCAGUACUUCAAGGAUUAAAGAGAACCUAUCCACAAAUUUAUAUGACAGAUGACAGACUACUGCUGGAUCCGGAGAGAGUCGAAGUGCAAAAACGUGAUUUCAUACAAGCAAGUUCUAUUCUUGUGCCAUCAUCACAUAGAGUUGCACCAUGCGCAGGAAGAAAACUGCAACUUUUUAUGAAACCACUAUUAGGACCUCCACUUGAAGAGUUAAUUGUAUUAGUGAAAGGAAUAUUUCCUCAAGGUGUAAAUCCCGCCAUGGCAAAAGUGAAACAUGCUAAAGGUAUUCAUCGCCCAAGAGUACUAAUUUCUGGUGGCAACCUGUCCGAAGGUCAAGGACCUCAUUUAGCGCAAGCACUGUUAUAUUGUAUGGAACAUCUGCCUGUUCAAAUCUUAGAUGUCAGCACGUUAUUUGCAGAAAGUGCUCGAUCACCAGAAGAAACUUGUGUGCAAGUAUUCAAUGAAGCUGCUAGAAACGUCCCGUCCAUAAUUUACAUUCGGUCGAUCGACCAAUGGUGGCCUCUCGUACCGGAGACAGUGAAAGCAGUCUUUCUGUGCCGUAUCGCAGCGCUAGAUCCUUCAUUGCCGAUUUUAAUUCUCGCCACGAGCGAUGCGACGUAUCAAGAUCUCCCUAACCAGUUAAAAAGUUUGUUCAGCGAGUUACGCGGUGAAGUGUACUCCAUGAAGACACCCACUACCGAGCAAAGAAUGAAAUUCUUCCGACCUAUAUUUAUGAUUCAAAGCGUAAGGCAACCACGGAUCAAAAGCAACAAAGUAGACGUUUUAGAAACACUGCCACUAGCACCAGACCCGCUGCCAAAGAAACUGACGGAAGAGCAGAAACAAAUCAUGUACGAGAAAGACGAAAUCUCGCUGAGAGAAUUACGAAUUUUUCUCAGAGAAAUUUGCUCCAAACUGGCGAGAAAUCGACAAUUUUUCAUGUUUACGAAGCCGGUGGAUACGGAGGAGGUGCCGGAUUAUAACCUGAUAAUAAAACAACCGAUGGACUUGGAGACGAUGAUGACGAAAAUCGACAUGAAUUGUUAUCUGUGCGCUCGUGAAUUUCUCGACGACAUUGAUCUCAUAUGCAGGAACGCUCUGGAAUAUAAUCCGGACAGCUUACGUGAUAGGCCUUCCCUCGGGAUAUUAAAGAGGGAUCCCGCAGACAAGCUGAUAAGACAUCGGGCAUGCUCUUUGCGCGAUAAUGCUUACGCUUUAAUAAAAGCUGAGCUGGAUUCCGACUUCGAGGACAAGUGUCGCGAAAUUUCCAAGAACCGUCGAAUUUUAGAAAAUAAUUGUAACAACGAGAGUGAGAGUAAAACCAUAAAGACGGAAUCUACUUCUACGAGCGAACGAACGGAAAAGAAGGAUUCCAUAAAUUCUAGUCAUUCUCUUGUCGUAAACGGAAAGAAAUUUGGUAGUUCAAGGAAACGUAAGAUACCAGCUUGGGCACGCGGUUACGUGAAAAAAGUCCAGAAGAAGAAGAAGAUCGCUUUCGAUGAAAACGUCACCGAAGUGACAAGUAAAUCAUGCAAUGAAACCACUAGUAUCGAUUUAGAAAAGUUCCAAGAAUUCGAGACGGAGGCUCAUAAUGUUCUAAACGGGCACAUAGGAUUGUAUGAUAAUACCGAUUCGGAGAACGACUCGCAAAAUGAAAAUUCGAAAGAGACGCAGGGGAGCCAAAAUGAUUCUAUAAUGGAUCAACGGAUAGAUAAUCUCGAUCAUACAGAGUUAUCUUUCGCGAACGAAGAGAAAACUGUUGGAAAUGGCGACUCAAAUUCCUCGUCUCGACGCGAAAGCAUGGACGAGUUGUCGUUCGCGAUCGAAAGCGAUUCUAGUCGAGAGAAAAUUGAAGAGAACGAGAAGAUUAUAAUCGACAGGAAUGAGCUCGAAAACGCAUGGCACUACACAGUCGAAACAACGGAAAACUUUCCCGUCGAAGUGCUGUGCGAUAUUUAUGUGCAACUAAGUAGAUGUGUUGGAAAAUAUGUUCACAUCUACGAUAGAAAAUCACUGCCAAAGGACUUGCUCAAGGAAAUGGAAAAGUUUGCAGAGUACAAGACGCAACGUUAUUAGAGUAUAGUACGCAAAUACAGCAUUCAAUGACAAAAUGCAGUAUGUUGCUAAUAUGAGACGAAACGUGCUAUGUAAAAUCAUGCCACCGUAAAUAUCUUUAGCGACGAGUCAGAUCGUUUCUUUUGUAUAUUUAUACUGAACGCAAAGCCGAAUUAUCACUGUUAUAUGAAUCGAAUCUUUGGAACAGUAUAUUUUUUUGGUUAUAUUAUACUGCCAAGAGCUUUACGUAAAUAACAGCACGUAUAUGCAACAAUCGCAUUUGUUAUGUAAGAUAGCGGAUAAUUAAUUCAUUAAUUUUAGUUCAAGAUUGAAUUUCGCAUACUUAAUCAGAUUGAUUUUCUUUUUGUAUAUACUGUAAAACCGCUGUAAAUGAUAAACUCGAACAUUUGAUAUUUCGUAUAAAGUAUCGUUGCGAUUUUCCAAUACGAGUAAUAAGAAAGAACGAACUAUGUUGUUUAUUAACACACAUCGUUAUUACUUGUAAUAAUUAUUUAGACAAUUUUUGUUUUAGAGAAAAUUUCAACUUGCUUCUGUGCAUAUUAUAUUUCUUUAUCUUCAUUAUAUCAUUGCUAUCAUGACAUUAUCAUUUUAUUGUCAUCUUCAUCAAACAAAAUAAUUACAUUAUUACUAUUACGUUAA